CUCGUCCCGCCCUCCGCUGCCAUUGGCCGGCGCGGGGCCGCUGCAGCCAAUCGCGCGUGGGGAGGUGGUGGGGCCGAGCAAGAUGGAGGAGUACGCUCGCGAGCCCUGUCCCUGGAGGAUAGUGGAUGACUGUGGAGGGGCCUUCACCAUGGGGGCCAUAGGAGGGGGCAUUUUCCAGGCUAUCAAAGGCUUCCGAAAUUCCCCAGUGGGUGUAAACCACCGGCUGCGGGGCAGUUUGACGGCUAUUAAAACCAGAGCUCCACAACUGGGAGGGAGUUUUGCUGUCUGGGGAGGUCUCUUCUCCAUGAUUGACUGCAGUAUGGUCAGAAUGAGAGGGAAGGAAGAUCCCUGGAAUUCCAUCACAAGCGGAGCCCUGACUGGAGCCAUUUUAGCUGCAAGAAAUGGCCCUGUUGCCAUGGUUGGAUCUGCUGCAAUGGGAGGAAUUCUCCUGGCCCUGAUUGAAGGAGCUGGAAUUCUGCUGACUAGAUUUGCCUCCACACAAUUCCCAAAUGGCCCACAGUUGUCAGAGGAUCCAUCCCAGCUCCAGCCACCCCCAUUCAGCGACUACCGACAGUAUCAAUGAUGGUCCCCAACCACCUUCUCCCUCCUCCCCCCUCCUCCUCCUCCUCCUCCUCUUCCUCCGCCUCCUCUUGUCUUUUCCUUCCCUGAGUGGUCCCACCUGGAGGAUGUGGAGGGGGUUUGUACCUAACACCAGUGGUUACACGCCACACGAGGAGGACCUGCAGCAUUUCUCAACCUCAAACUGCUCAGGAGAACUUUUAGAAAAGAAAAUCUAUUUAUUCCUGAUAUAUUCCAUUGCUGUAAUGUUACACAUGUCUGGUAGAAUACAAGGAAGUUUGAGACAAGGACCAAA